UCCUGGUGCUUAAAGGAUGCUCCAGUAGACGACACUGAUAGCCUACGUUUUCUAUAUUGCACCGUCAUGAUUGGGAAGGGGCCCGAGCCAGAGGCCACGUCUUUCUGGCGUUUUGGAUGAUGCUCUGAUGAUAGGUCGGCUGACUUGACAGAAGAAGCCGCGUUUAGACAGACAGAGAAGACUUCCUGACGAGCCCUACCGAGCAAAAGCAGAACUGCGCGGCUGCUUGGGGAGGAGGCUGGAGAGAAAAACUGACACGUGGAUUACUCCUCCUUCGGCAUCAGGGAAAACAGAUUGCCUUCUGUGCAGCUCAGCUUCGUGAUCAUCGCCUCUGGUCUUGUUAGUGCGGUCUUAUAGGUAAUGGAUUAAAAUAUCGCCAACCCGAGAUGUGAUUGCGCACAUAUACUUCCAGAGAAGACUUGUUUUUUUGUAACAUUUUGAACAGGGGACUUUUUCUGACAGCUCGAACAGCGGAACGAGUAUCGAAAGUGAACAGCCGAAGCGGUUGAGAGGGGGCUGCUGUUACCUCGCGUUGAAUGGCAGUUCUUCAAAAAUAUGGCAAGAACUAUAGUCCAGAUUUGGUCUGUCACAAGGAAAACCAUCCGUCUGACAAGAUCGGAGCACCUGGGUGUCACAAGAAGUGGCCUGAACACAACACCAACUGGUCAAGGCCAGUGGCGAGGGUAUGGACGGUGGUGCUGCUGCUUGGGACGUGCCUCCUCUACUGCGCCCGUGUGGCGAUGCCCAUCUGCGCCGUCAGCAUGGCAGAGCAGUUCAAGUGGAGCAAGAGGGAGUCCGGCAUGGUGCUGGGCAGCUUCUUCUGGGGCUACUGCUUCACCCAAGUGCUCGGAGGUUACGUCAGUGACCGGGUUGGCGGUGAGAAGGUCCUCCUGCUGUCGGCAGCAGCCUGGGGGUCGAUGACAGCCUUCACCCCGAUCCUGGCCCACUUCUGCUCUCAGCCGAUCCUCUCCAUGACACUGGCCCGCUUCCUCAUGGGCUUGUUGCAAGGAGUUCAUUACCCCUCUCUGGCGAGUCUGUGCUCUCAAAAGGUGGUGGAAAGCGAGAGAGGCUUCCUUAUGAGCACCGUGGGUAGUGGCUCCUACCUGGGCACUCUGGUGAUUGGAGGCGCUGGCUCCCUCAUGUUGGACCUGUAUGGCUGGGAGAGCGUUUUCUACGUGUCUGGUCUCCUCUCAGUCCUGUGGGCCUACUGUAUGUGGAAAUACCUGCUCAAAGGAGAAGGGCCUAUCAUCACCCUGGAGUCCCUGGGAAGUGGUGGGCCCCAGUCCAAACUGUCCAAAAGACACUGGUUACGGCUCCUCAAGCAACCUGCAGUAUGUGCUGUGAUCGUCACGCACCUUUGCACAGCGAGCACCUUCUUCACCCUUCUGUCGUGGCUGCCAACAUUCUUUAAAGACACUUUCCCCGAUGCCAAGGGUUGGGUGUUCAAUGUCAUUCCCUGGUUGGUGGCCAUACCCUCAUCCCUCUUCAGUGGCUGCCUAUCUGACCACCUCAUCAGUCAAGGCUUCGAUACAGCCUCAGUGAGGAAGUUGAUGCAGUUUUUCUCCAUGGGUGUGUCCAGUGUGUUUACCCUUCUUCUAUGUGGCAACACCACCUUCCCUUGGGCUGUAGCAUUUGUGUCUGCCACCAUGGGCCUCACCACCUUCAGUCACAGCGGUGUAUCUGUAAAUGUUCAAGAUCUUGCUCCUUCCUGUGCUGGAGCAUUAUUUGGUGUUAUGAAUACAUGUGGUGCUUUCUCAGGGGUCCUAAUGGUGUAUUUUUCGGGGUAUCUCAUCGAGUCCACAGGCUCGUGGGCGACUGUGUUUGCCCUUAUCACCACAGUCAACCUGCUGGGCCUGUGCACCUUCCUGGCCUUCGCUGAGGCCCGCCGGGUCGACAUUGAUUCUAGUAAGGUCCGCCACCACAACAUCCACAUCUAAAUCAUCAGUGGGACUAGAAUCCUAUUCCCAGAGAGAUAUGACCAUAGGGCAGCUUGGAGCUUGGAGGACUAGCCAAUGGAUAGCAAUUGGCACAUGGAUAAAGCCCACAUAUAACAUCUGGAAAACUUCGCUCGGCUCUGCGUCUGGUUGAGGACGUACUGCAACAGUUACUGAAAAGCACACAGCAGAGCCUGCACAAUGUUAUUGAAACAUCAUGUAAAGCUAGAGCGUUAAAUCCUAAAAAAAAACACAGUUUAGCUGUUAAUGGAUGUUCGGUCAGUUCAGGGUGGAAUGGGAAAGGUCACAGGAGAAAAAUGUCUACACUACCUCCCGGUCCCAGCGUGCGCAGCAUGCGGUGGGGAAACAGUUGCUGGGCUAAUGUUGGCGCUUGUCAUUUGUUACUUAUAAGAAGAUGCCAUGGAAAUUGUUAUCCGUUGUGUCUGUGUGCGUGUCGGAGGAGCUGUGAGAGUGAUGGAUGCGUUAGUCUCAGGAGCUCUCUGACAGUUGUGAUGGUGUUCUCACCCUACGGGGGGUGGGGGUGGUGUUGUGGGCACAUGUGGGUGACGCAGGGAGAGUCAAGCCUCCUCGUUCCUGAAGUCUUUUAUUAGUGCGCCCCGCUCACUGAGUGUACUGUCUGAGUGACACCUCAUUACCCAGCCACUAAUUACUUAGCGGGCACUCUAAAGUCCCGUACGAUUUACCUUCUACUGUCCCCAUCUCCAUGGUUACAAGCUCAUCUUAUCGUUAUAGGUCGGUGGGGGUGAAAGGCGUCACGGUAACCUUCAUGGUAACAAGGCUUUCUCUGAGUGUGUUCUCUCUGGUUGUCGUCUUGAAGGAUAUGUUUCGAGUAGGGAGACCAAAGUUUAAAUAAUUAUUUUAUUUUCUUUCAGUGUGAUUGGAUGUAAUAGAAAUACCUCACUUAAUUAUUUUGAGUAAUUAUAUAUUUAUAUAGCUUCAUUUUUUUGGGUCACUUUCAAACUUUUUUUGAAAAGAAAUGUAUUAGGUAAGAUGACAGAAAAUCAUAGUAAGUUAUAAAAAAAAUGUGAUGCAGUAUAAAUAACCCUAAUAGACCUUUUGUGCAAGUCUAGAUUCCUCACUUGUUUUCUGACCUGCACUCUCCUCUCUAAGGAGACAGGAUUGGUGAAAAGAAACAUGUCUGUAUUAGCAUCUUGGCGAAAACUGCACAGGCAGACAAGCAGUAUCCCCAGCGUGUGUGUGUGUGUAAAGAUCUAUCGUUGUUACCGCACUUGACAUCAUUGUUACAUUGGCGUGGAUGCCGGAUGUAUUUGGGAAGGAGAUAGUUAGGAGGGAGCCCAUUCACUUGCCAAGGUGGUGUCAGAUGUAGUGCAUCUCCACUCAUUAAAGCAGACUUGAAUACCAGAGUCUCCAUGUUACCCACUGACAAGAUGAAUGUUGACAGGUGAGAGAUUUUAAAGUGAUACCUUGGGUCCACGGAGCCCCGUAAGGUCAUAUCUGUUUUAUCUUGUGCGUGCAAGUUAUUAUCUUGUGCAGACAAGUUGUUUGUCUUGUGGAAGCAAGUUAUUACCUCGUGCGUGCGAGCAAGUUAUUAUCGUGAUUAUAACUUGUACGCAAAAGAUUUUUUUUUUUUUAAAGUCUUUCAGGACAGGCUCCUUACAAUGCUGGAGGAAAUUUGGUGUAUUGGUAUUACUUCAAAGUAUGUAGCAAAUGAAGCUAGCCGCGUAGCUCUGGCUGAAUGUUGAAGAGAUUGUAGCAUUUCAAUGUGGCGUUCACAGCACAGUAUCCGUUUUACAUUUUGAAGAUUUCUUUUUCAAUCUAGAUGCUUACUUGACAUGUGUACCUUGAAUCUAUGCAUUAAUUAUUUUGUACCUGAUUUAAGCCAUGAGAGGAUUGUAAGAUAUGCUCACCGUGGUCACAUGUUGCUUCUGUGUAAGUUGUUACAUACAUACAAAGGCACCUAUGCUUACGUUGGUUUGGAUGUUUUUCUAUAAACACUUGUGUGUGUUGGUGUGUGUCCUUUAGGUUGAAUAUUUUGUCAGUACAGAUUUGAUUACUGAAAUGCCAAAUAUGUUAUUUACAUUGUCAUGGUCAAUGGUUGCAAAAAUGUGGGCAAUAUUUUCAUACCUUAUGCUCUCUGUCUUUCAGAGUAAAGAGGCAUUAUUCUGUACUUUCCUACAUCAAACGUAUUUAAGUUAUCUGUUUUUUUGUGUAGGUUACAAAGACACAUAAACCUACUGACUAUGUUGCAUAACUUAUUUUAAUAUCUGAUCAAUUCUGAAUGUCACUAAGUGUAUGCCUAGACCUUUCAGACACAAAAUUUAUUUAAGUAAGACCGCUGUACUAAAUACUCAAUAUUUUUUUAGCUUUCUUUUGUCAAACGCCACACAUUCCUCAAAUGUUUUACCGGCCUUAGCAGAUGUGCAUUAUUUACGACUGCCUUCAUCGCUUGUCUCUAUUUUCCCAUUACUGUAUUGACAUUCUGCAAAAUGUAAACAUUUACCAUGCCAACAUAUCAUACUGUAGGCCCCUGAAAGCAUUCUGACCCCUAGUUUUUGAUGACAUAUCAUUAUGUAUGAUUUAAAAAAUGACAAUAAUGCAAGAAAAUGCAGUGUUCUAAUAUGAUGACAUAUUUAAAAGCAUAUGUUAACUUUGAAUAAAAAUAUAUUUUGUCAGCAA